AUGAGGAUGCAUAGUGGGGGAGAGUGGGAGAUAGUAGUUGACUGGAUUCAGAGGGUGAUCUACAGUAGCUGGAUAAUCUUUGUGAAGACGCUUACCGGCAAGACCGUCACCCUCGAGGUGGAGAGCUCCGACACCAUCGACAACGUCAAAGCCAAGAUCCAGGACAAGGAGGGCAUCCCUCCAGAUCAACAGAGGCUCAUCUUUGCCGGAAAGCAGCUCGAGGACGGCCGGACCCUCGCUGACUACAAUAUCCAGAAGGAGUCGACUCUCCACCUCGUGCUCAGGCUUCGUGGUGGCAUGCAGAUUUUUGUGAAGACUUUGACUGGCAAGACCAUCACCCUGGAGGUGGAGAGCUCCGAUACCAUUGACAAUGUCAAAGCCAAGGUUCAAGAUAAGGAGGGUAUCCCGCCGGAUCAGCAAAGGUUGAUCUUCGCCGGAAAGCAGUUGGAGGAUGGUCGUACUUUGGCCGAUUAUAAUAUCCAGAAGGAGUCUCCGUGGUGGUGCUGGUUUCUGAGGAGUUUGGUUUGUUCUAUUGUUAUUCCAUUCAGGAAGUUCUGUUUAGGUCGCUUUUUUAUUUAG